AAGCAGAUUCAGAGUCAUGUCAGCAUCAACGAAUUCAACGCCUAUGAAUGAACAAGUACUGCAAGAUUAUAAAUUACUUGAUGCAAUCAAUGAUAGGUAUGGAGGAGUGGUUGUAGAAGUUACAGAGCCCUUGGAGUCUACCCUCUUUACUUCAAUGCUUAGAGCUUCAAUAGCACGGUGGCGACAACAGGGGAAAAAGGGUGUGUGGAUCAAAUUGCCUAUUCAGCAUGCCAAUCUUGUUGACCCUGCUGUCAAGGAAGGAUUUUGGUAUCACCAUGCUGAGCCGAAUUACUUGAUGCUUUGUUAUUGGAUUCCUGAAGGUACACAUACUCUUCCUGCAAAUGCUUCACACCGGGUGUGUAUUGGUGCAUUUGUCAUGAAUGAAAAGAGAGAGGUUUUAGUGGUUCAAGAGAACAGAGGGCGAUUUCGGGGUACAGGUUUAUGGAAGUUCCCUACAGGAGUUGUGGAUGAGGGAGAAGAUAUCUGCACAGCUGCAGUUCGAGAAGUAAAAGAAGAGACGGCAGUUGAUACAAAAUUUAUCGAAGUACUAGCAUUCAGACAAAGUCACAAAGCAUUCUUUGAUAAGUCGGAUAUAUUCUUCCUAUGCCUGCUGGAACCACUUUCGUCUGAAAUUCAAAUUCAGGAAACAGAGAUUGAGGCAGCCAAGUGGAUGCCUUUCAAAGAAUAUGCAUCACAGCCAUUCGUCCAGAAACACGAGCUCUUGAAAUACAGUGUUGACAUAUGUUUGGCAAAGAAAGAUGGAAAGUAUUCCGGUUUUUCUCCGGUGCCUACCUCGUCGGCAUUCUCGGAUGAAAAUAACUAUAUGUACUUCAACACUCGUGACCUCGAAGGAUAGUGAUUCCUGGUCUAUGGCACCUAAAAUUAUACAUGGCGUACGGAUUCAACUGCUGAAAUUCAUAAAUAUUUUUUUUUUUAAUUAUCAAGCACAUAUGCUGCUAUCUUCAUGCCAGCAUUGUAUCAAGAUUCUUUCCUUCUGCUCCAUAUUUAAAUGAAUGAUUCAUUCAAAGUUU